UCACACUUCACUUCAUGAAGUACCAGCACCUUUCUUUGGAAAAGAAAUCCCCACUCAAAGUUUUCGUUCUUUUUUUCUUUGUUUCAAAUUUUCAAUCAAAGGUUGACAACCCAGAUUGAGAUUGAAGCUAAUUCAUCAAAGGAUGUCAUGUAGCGUAGUUAAAGAUUGAGUAUUGGGGAUGUUUCCAGGGGGGGAGUGAGGAAAUAUUGUUAGAAAUGAAGUCAAGAAAAAGGGUUCCAAUGAAGGUAUGGUUAACUGCUCAAAGAUCAACAGGUCUCCUUGUGGGUGGAAAUCACACAUCCUCCAGGGAGGCGUGUGCUUUUACGCGCUCUCAUGGUUGCUGCUGCUUUGUCGGUUGUUCCUUUGCUGCAAAUCAUCUCUGGUGCCGGUCCAGAUAUAUUGUAUACCCUUUCUGCUUCGGCAAGCUGUGCCAUUGGAACCGGUUCUCCAACCUCAACUAUAUUCUCUGGCAAAUUUUUGUUCUCCAAAGUUUGGAGUUCAUUUGGACCGGUUCAAUGCGAGGAAAACAAGAACUUGACAACCAGCGUGGUUAAAGAGCUAAUGGAAAAGCAAAUUUUGAGUUACAAUGCAAAAGCUCUUUGUGUGGGUGAAGGCUCAAUGUCAGCUGUUAGGGCAUUGAAAGACUUGGGAUUCAGUGAUGUUACUGGGGCCUAUAGGCACCCUUGUUUCUCUCUGAAGCAUAAGAAAUUUGUUUAUGAGCUUGAUUAUGAGGACAAUUCUUAUGAUUUUGUGAUAUCUAGGGACUUAGAUAAGGUUUCAGCCCCUGCUAUGCUGGUGCUUGAGGUUGAACGUGUUCUUACUCCUGGUGGGAUAGGGUCCAUGCUUGUUGGUCGUAGUGGUAGCUUGAUCAGGUCUGUAACUCCAGUUUCUUCCUUAUUGAAAGCUUCCAGUGUUGUUCAUGUUGAUUAUGUGAAUGGCUUCGCAUUGAUCGUAUUCAAGAAGAAACUCAAAAACGGCACUUACUUCGAGCAGUAUCAGCUACCAGCCGAUUGUCGGUCUAUGGCAAACACCAAACCUAUGUUGGAUAACAUUGAGCCUCUUUUGGAGAAGAGGCCAGUUGGAUUUGAGAAAACUAUUGCUUAUUUGCCUGAAUUUGUUAACAUUUCUCAUAAGCAACGUUUGGUGUAUAUUGAUGUUGGGGCAAGUGAGCAUUUGAACUCUAACGUUACAGAUUGGUUCUUGCCAUCUUAUCCCGUGGAUCGAAAAGCAUUCCAUGUGUAUUUCAUCGAUCACAAUACUUCAGUGAUGCUAUCCUAUGUCAACAAGCCUGGUAUCAACUUUGUUUAUUAUCCUAGCCUUGCUGGAAAUAGAGCUACAUCCAAUUCUAAGGCUUUCAUUGGUUCUGAUGAUUCCGAUCCGUAUGUUGAAGACGAAGGAUUCGACUUCCUUCUUUGGAUUAAAGAAACGGUGCAAAAUGCAGACUUUGUGGUUCUGAAGAUGAAUGCAGGGGAAGUGGAGUUGAAAAUUCUCUCAGAUUUGUUUGAAAGUGGAACCAUAUGCUCCAUUGAUGAGUUAUUCCUGCACUGUUCCAACCGAGCCGUGAACAGAGAUUGGAUGGAUCUCUUCAAGUCCCUUAGAGGAACUGGUGUUUAUGUCCAUCAAUGGUGGGGAGAUCAGUGACCACCAUUGCCAUGGUGGGACUCUGUUUCAGAUUAACUGUCUUGUUUGAGUCAUGAGUCAGUCUAUGUAUCCUUAUGGUGGUUGAGCAUUAUAGCUAUAAAAUCUCUACUUUCCUUAAUAAAAAGGCUUAUUGCUUAA